AUGGCACCAAAGAAGAGCAAGAAGACCGCCGACUCCAUCAACAGCCGCCUGGCUCUUGUCAUGAAGUCCGGCAAGGUCACCCUUGGCUACAAGUCCACCCUCAAGACGCUCCGAAGCGGCAAGGCGAAGCUCGUCAUCAUUGCUGGCAACACCCCACCCCUCCGCAAGUCCGAGUUGGAAUACUACGCCAUGCUGUCUAAGACGAAUGUCCACCACUUCGCCGGUAACAACAUCGAGUUGGGAACCGCUUGCGGAAAGCUCUUCAGGUGCAGCACGAUGUCCAUCUUGGACGCUGGUGACUCGGAUAUCCUGAGCGGAGCCACGGCAUAG